AUGCAAAAACCUGGGAUAGAAUUCUUAUUUAUUAAAGGAAAUACUAAAUGUACAGAUUCUACUUAAUUGUAAUCAGUAAGAUAAUAAUAACAUCCAAAAUUAAAUUCUCUUCGUAUGAAAGGAUUUUAGUAAUUCAUUGAUUUUAUUAAUAAAUAAUCAUAAGAUUAGCAGUAAUUCAAAACAUGUUCUUAAUGUGCUCCAUAAUUAUUAACAACAGUGUUAACUUAUCCUCCAAGAAUAGAAAUUCAUAAUCGAAAAUCCAGUGAAACUAAAUUAACCAUUAAAAAAAGCUUAGUUGAAACUCUUCCAGAUUCUAAUUCAUAGGAAAAAAUUAAAAAGAAUGUAAGGUUAAUUCCAUAAAAGUAAUUUUCAAUAAAGAAAACAAUAACUUGUAAAAAUGAAAAUAGUAAGGACAAUUAAGAAAUAAAUGAUUUAUCAAUUCUGAUAGCAUUCACAAAUAAUAUUAGUGUUGUACCUCCAGAAAGAACAAUUUAUAAAGCAUUUAUAACAAAAGGAAAUAAUGGGACUUUGAUUAGAUAAUGUUUAAAAUAAAGACCCUGGUGGAUAUUGAUGGAUUAGCCUAGUGAAGAUUUAAAUUUGUAUUGGACACAAUUACGUAAGUAAUAAGAGUUUGAAUCAAUAAAAAAAUAUUAAUUAGAAAAUGUGCUAUUUACAAAACAAUAAAAAAAGUCUAUCAAUGAUAAGAUUAAAUAUAAUAUUUAGGAAUCAGAAUUUUAGUUGUUCAAUUAAAGUAGCAUUCUUAGAGUGCAUAAUCAUUUAGAAUGUAAUUUCUAAGUUUGCAAUAAAAAGGCUUUAUUUUACAAUAUGAAAAAUUAUUAUCUUUCAAUAAAUGAAGAUCCAUUUAGAUAUAUUCCUUUAACAUAUCAUAUUUAAAAAGGACCAUGUGAUCCAGCAUAUUAAGAAUUUGAAGAAUAUGCUCAAACAAAUAAUGUCAAUUUGUGGAUAAUUAAGCCAGGAGAAUCAUCAAAUCGAGGUAAUGGCAUUUAAGUAGCCAAUUCUAUUAGUAAGGUAAAAUAAAUUGUUUCUUCAAAUAUUCAUUUAAAUAAUUCUAAAAAGACAUUCAUUAUUUAAAAGUAUUUAGAAAAACCAUUACUAUAUAAUAAAAGAAAGUUUGAUAUCAGGUGUUAUAUGUUGAUGACUAGUAUUAAUAAUUAAUUUAAAGCUUAUUGGUAUUAAGAAGGGUAUAUAAGAACAAGUUGUAAAGAAUUUACUUUGGAUGAUGUUGAAGAUAAGUUCACUCAUCUUACAAAUGAUGCAGUUUAAAAAAAGAAUUAAAAUUAUGGGAAAUUUGAAACAGGAAAUAAAGUAUAAAUAAUCAUUAAAUUUAGAUUUCAUUCAAUGAAUUUCAAAAGUAUUUAAAUGAUCAACAUAAUUAUAAUUUCUAAAUAAUUAUAAAUUAAUUAAAAAAGCUUAGCACUGAUAUAGUGAAGGCUACUUACUAACAUUUAGAUCCAAAUAAACUAUUCUAUUCUUUUGAGUUAUUUGGAUUAGAUUUUAUGAUAGAUUAAGAUAUGAAACCAUGGUUAAUUGAAGUUAAUACUAAUCCAUGUUUGGAAACUUGUUGUCCAUUGUUGGCUCGAUUAAUAUCUCAUUUGAUUGAAAAUACUAUCAGAAUUACAAUUGAUCCUAUGUAUCCUCCACCAGCAAGCAAGAAGAAACAUUUAUAAGAAUCAAAAAAUCAACUGGAACUUAUUUUUUCUAGUACUUUGAUAGAUGAAAGAACUAGUUAACCUAUGAUUAAAGAAGAUGAUGAAGAACAAUCUGAUGUUGAUGAUGAUAAUUGA